ACUUAGAAGAGAAUACUCUUAAUGAUGAACUCAACUUAGAUAAAGAAAGUAGUAGAUUUUCAGAAAAAUCAAAUUCUAUGUUAAGCUUACUAGACGAAAAUGAUAAAAAAAAUAAAAGUGCUGUGUGGGACCAUUUUGAUAAAUUU